AUGAGACGUUCAAGCACGGAUGAGACGCCGUACCGGCGCAGUCCAUCUCUGGACAGCAAACCUGACACGCCGCCGUUUACCUCUGGCUUCCAUCGCUUCAGUGGAGAGUUUGAGUACAAGCGGCCACCGUUUGCAUUUGGCUUCACCACCACAAAGGGGCCGCAGACUACCAAGGGCCGCUGCGGUCAGGGCAAGAAGUAUGUGGUGUUUUACCUGGACCUCUCCUUCAUAUUCCUCCUAGAACUGCGGCGCUGCAGGAUGGCUGAAGGUUGUAUGAUGGCCCUGCGUUAUGGGAUGGUCUUCUUCAACCUCCUCUUUUGGCUUGGAGGAUGUGGCAUACUAGGGGUGGGAGUGUGGCUCUCAGUGACCCAGGGCAACUUUGCCACCCUGUCGGCGUCACUUCCCUCAUUGUCAGCAGCAAACCUGCUCAUCGCGUUGGGAACGAUCAUCAUGGUGAUCGGCUGCCUUGGUUGUGUGGGGGCCGUCAAAGAAAGCCGUCCUCUUCUGCUUGCUUUUUUCGUCCUUCUUCUACUCAUCUUCUUCCUGGAGAUCCUGGCCAUCAUGCUGUUCUUCAUUUACCAAGACAAGAUUGACCACUACGCCCAGAGAGAUUUGAAGAAGGGCCUGCAGCUUUUUGGCACAGAGGGCAAUGUGGGUCUGACCAAUGCCUGGAUGAUUGUUCAAACUGAUUUCCGCUGCUGCGGAGUGACCAACCACACGGACUGGUUUGAAGUCUACAACGCUUCCCGUGUGCCAGACUCCUGCUGCCUGGAGUACAGCGACAAUUGCGGGCUGGACAACCCGGGAACAUGGUGGACGGCGCCAUGCUACGAGCGGGUGAAGGACUGGCUUAAUGAGAACCUGGUUGCCCUUUGGAUCUUUGCUCUAUGCACAGCACUUACGCAGAUCUUGGGGCUGGUGUUCUCCAUGACCAUGUUCUGUCAGGCAGUCAAAGUGGAAACCUUCUACGCUUGA